AUGCUCAGAUCAAAUAAUGUCAUCUAUAUGCAGGCUUUAAAUCCAAUCAGACCCGUGAUAUUCAUUGAUACAGAUUCGUUGCCUGCUUUCGAGGCAAAAGAUCGCAAGGCUGUGAACAACCCGAUUGAAGCCUAUAUUAUUGCACAAGUCUCAGAUAAAUUGAUUUGUAAAGGUAUUGAAGGGGAAGACAUUGGCAUCAUUACCCCCUACAACUCCCAAGCAAAUCUUAUCCGGCAAGCUGUUUCCACUUCUGUUGAGAUACAUACCAUUGACAAAUACCAGGGAAGGGAUAAAGAUUGCAUACUGGUGUCUUUUGUAAGGUCCAGUGAAAAUCCUAGGAAUUGCAUAUCUUCGCUGCUUGGAGAUUGGCACAGGAUUAAUGUGGCACUUACCCGCGCCAAGAAAAAGUUGAUCAUGGUGGGAUCAUGCAGAACACUGUCAAAGGUUCCCCUGUUAAAGCUUCUAAUUGAGAAGGUGGAGGAGCAAUCAGGCAUUUUGAGUGUCUCCAACAAGGAUAUCAGCCAUAAAGGAGAGCUGAGUAGAUGUUCCAAAAUAAGAUAA